AUGUCGCCAUCAAGCUAUGACCCCGAUAAACCCAAAACUGACCCGGCUCUGACCUUCGAGCCUUCUCUCCCGACACUUAGCAGUGCUUCGUUUGAGGCCCAAGAAUCAAGGCCACGAAUUGCUUUCAACUCGGUUGCGGCGUUCUCCAAUAGCUCAUGGAGGCGGUUUACGAGCAUGUGGACGAAGCGGUUCAUCCUUUCCCUACUCGCAGGCCAAGUUGUGUCUCUAUGCAUCACCUGCACAAAUGUCACCACGACGGAGUUGAUGCAGCGGAACUGGUCCUUACCGACCACCCAGACCUUCUUCUUGUACUUUUCUCUCUUUACGAUAUACACUCCGUACACCAUCUACCAAUAUGGAUUUAAGGGCUGGUUCCAAAUGCUUUAUCGAGACGGUUGGAAAUACAUAAUUCUAGCCGCUUGCGAUGUUGAGGGGAACUUCCUCGUUGUAAAGGCGUAUCAAUACACCAAUUUGCUGUCAUGUAUGCUUCUUGACGCCUGGGCAAUCCCCGUUUGUAUGUUCAUGUCAUGGGUGUAUAUGCGUCCCCGCUAUCAUUGGACUCAAAUUCUCGGCAUCGUCGUUUGCGUCGCUGGUCUUGGGCUGCUGGUUGCGUCUGACCAACUGACAGACAAAGACUAUCCCGCACUGAGCAAAGGCAAGGGCGACGCUUUUAUGAUCAUCGGGGCCACAUUGUACGGUUUUACCAAUGCAACGGAAGAGUUUUUCGUGCGACGAUCGCCCUUGUACGAGGUUGUAGGACAGCUAGGCAUGUGGGGCACGAUUAUCAACGGCAUCCAGAUGGCAGGCCUCGAGCACAAAGGCAUGAGGGAAGCUACUUGGAGCGGUUUCAACAUCGGGCUUCUGGUAGCUUAUACCGCUGCCAUGUUCAUUCUCUACACCGUCGCGCCGCUGCUCUACCGCCUGGCAUCGUCGACUUACUACAAUUUAAGUCUACUGUCUAGCGACUUCUAUGGCUUGCUCUUUGGCCUAUUCCUAUUCCAUUACAGCCCAUACUGGUUGUACUUCCCCGCGUUCGCCGUCGUGAUCUUGGGACUGAUCAUUUAUUUCUGGCACACAACUCCCGAAGAACAAGGCAAACUCGACAUUCAAGCGCCAGCGUACGUCGCUCGUCGCAACGAGAGGGAGUCAGAUCUAUCCGCACCUCAAUCUGUACCAGUCUGA